AUGUACACGAUGUCGCCAACCAAAGUUUCGACUGUUGGCGAAAAGAGUGAGACUGCAUUUUAUAUAGAAGGAGAUGAGGUGUGCAAUUUUGUCAGUGGCGGGGCAACUUAUAAACACCCUAUCUGGGAUUACGAGACCGACCACCUGGCUGUAACUGAUCGUACCAAUAAUUUGUGUAUGUAUACAGUGGAAUCCAGGAGGUGCGAGUUGAAUGACCAGUAUAAAAUAGUGUGGUUAUUACCCCGCGCUAGAGUACAAGGGUCCCGGUGGUUGUUUAGUCCUUGGAAAGUUCUGUUUGAAAUCAAAAAGGUCGAAAGGAAACUCUACACAUCUGGAGGAGUAACGCUUGUGUUUGAUAUCAUCAACAAUACAGUUUGUGUCAAGUCGCUUGAUAGCGUACACCAGAUAAUGCUAGAUGCUACAUUAUACAGUUCAAUUGUCAUAAGAGCAUCAAAGAAGGAUGACCCAUUGAUAUCAGACGUUGAGAGAAUAUUGUUAAGUCAAUACCCCGACAAAGGCCGCAAACAAGCUACAUUAGAUGCAGCAUUAUUGAUUGAUGCUUUAUCUAAGUUACCGAAACCUACGGUGACAACAAGUAGCAUGGGGCCAACGUCUCAUUUUCAAUCUUUGGGACCGCUAGCAACGGAAGACGGAGAGGAACGAGGACAAAGGGUAACUGAACCUCUAAUUGACGCACCGUCUGUCAUCCCAAAGAACAGUUACAACAAUGACGUAGCAAUGGUUCAGAGCCGCAUCACAAAUGUGCGGAAUGAGAAAACCAUACCACCAGAAUUCUACAAGUAUAAAGGUGAAUUUAUGCAAUUGCUCGUUCCGGCUGAUGUUUGCCACUCGGUUGUACCUUUUGAUCUCGACGAAGUCGAGAGGCGUCAGGAUAAACCGUUACAACGAGCAAGAUCAGCGCAGGUCAAGUCAACGGCCUCAUUGAAUGCAUCUAACAAGAACAAAUCAUUCAUUAAAACUGAACCAUAUGCUGGAACAAACGCCCCACGUCCAAUAACGACGAUGUCGGCUGAACAUACCAUGGUCUUGAGCACAAUCACAUUGGCCUUUUGUGACCAAGUGAUGAAGAGAGUACCGUGGUAUAUGCCUGGUAAGUCCACCAGGGAAGUCGCUAGUCGGAUUAAAGAACAUAGUGAUAAACCAUUUAUCACAUCUGACUACAGUAGGUUUGAUGGACAUUGUUCCAAAGAUCUAGCACAGUUGGCAAAAGCAUGUAUAGGGCGAGCAUUACAGACCAAGGAUAGAACAACUUUUAGCAAUUUAUUUGAGAAAACUUAUUGCAAGAAAGCUGUAACAUCCAAUGGUUACGUAUACUUGGCCCUAGAUGGCACCAGAUCAGGUAGUCCCACAACAUCAGUGGGGAACACAAUAAUUGAUGCCUUCAUAGCAUUUGUGGCCCUACGUGAAUUGGGUGUGCCAUCAAAGAAGGCUUUUAACUCAAUUACGAUAGUUUGUGGAGACGAUGCUUUGUUGCAAUCUAUCGCUGGAUUAUUACCAAUGUAUGAGCUUGUGGCUACAAAACUAGGUAUGUCCUUGGAAGCACGUGAGAUCCCUUAUGGAGAACCGGUUCCAUUCGCGGGCAGAUAUUUCGUAGACCCAAGUUUAAGUACGACGGCGAUGGCACAGUAA